UAUCCAGACGACAAAAAACCCCAGUUUCGACCAUUGAUGCGCUGAAAACUCGUCCGAAAUUGCCGGUUUUUCUUCUACUUUAUUGGUGAUUGAUGGCUUUAUUUAGGGCGUGGUCCGGACGAUAUAUGGAAGUUAUGGCACAGUUUCGACCAACGAAGCCGAUAAGGAAACCACCACAAAUGAAGAAUGAUGUUUGGACGUUUAUUAGCAAUCUAGCAAGGCAACGCAAAUCAUUAUCACAAACAUACGAAGUCGAAAGCAUUCGUGUAUUGGAAAGGUAUAGUGCAAUAGCUUCUAGUUCAGCUCUCACAGAUGCCGACAACCUUCACCAGCUUCAGCAUGGCACUCCUAUCAGCACCAUUGACGACAGUGACACACAGCAUAGUACCGAUGAUGAAAGUGGAAUGGCCGAUGAUCCUACUUAUGACUUUGAUGGCAAUACAUUUAUCAGCAACGCUUAUUACCUAUCAUUCAAAAAGUUCAAAGGUAUCAAAUUCAAUCAACAUGAUCGACUUUACCUAGAGAAAGCUGCUUCCACCACCUCAUUUGACUCUGGUUUGCAUUCCUCAAUCUACAAUAUUGUGCUACAUUUACUUCGAAAAGUAUAUUUGAACAAUGAUGAAAUAUCUCUAUUGAAAUUGUCUUUAUCAAAUGCUAUCAAUUUUCUGAAUCCUGGUGCCGUGAAUUUGGUGAAAACGUUUAUGGACGAUGGCGCAAGAAGUCUAUUUGAACAGCAAACAAAGGCAGCAAUCACUCAAUUUGACUGCGGUCUCUCUGAACAAUGUAGCUCCUUAUAUGAUGAAUUGAUGGAAAAAACCUUGAUGACCUCCCCCAAUGACGCCAAACUUCUCCAAGCUAUCUACCAGAAAAAGGCAGAUUUAGUGACUACGAUGCAUAGAACUGAUGAACAAUUUUGUCUUUUAUCUAUAUUGGAACAUGUGUAAGUAAAAGGAUGAGGUGACAAUAUACAUUUUAUAGACUGACUGAUCUUUUUUUUUUUUAUAUAUAUAGUGUGGAAGGAAUUGAUGAUUGGUUGAUAACACAAGACGAAUCAGAACUCACUCUUUAUAGACGAUUUGGAUCCAUUCUUGACAUU